AUGGGAUGGGGUUGGGUGGCCCUCUUUUGUUCACUUUGCUUGGGGCUGUGGACCAUCUUGCUUUCACAACACUCCAAAUCAAGAACAACAACAACAACAACAACUACUUCAGACACAAUCGUAAACAACAAGACAAACAACAAGAUCAGCCUUAUUCAGAUUCAUCAACAACAAGACCAAGAUUUCAAAGAACAACAAUUCCAGACACAAGCCUCACCAACCACCAAAGAUUUAUUAUCUCGAACGAGUAAUGAUGGUGAUGAUCAAUACUUACUUUGUAUUGAGGGAGCAUCACCGACCCUUUCAUCUGCAUCAUCCUCAUCCACUCAGCUCUCUCAACUUGUAACCGCCACUAUUACCCCUGAACUUGCUGAGUAUGCUUCCAAUGUAUUGACCCGAAGACCCUCCUAUCUUGAGAAUGAUGUCUGUGGCAUACGAAGAGAUUCCUACUCAACACGGACACGUUCUACCUCCAAUCAUUCGUAUAGCAAGUCAAAGGGAUAUUUGACUAGUACAGCAGUAACAUUAGCAGCAACUCGAGUACGGGCAAGCUCGUGGUCGCAUGGAAUGAAAAUAGCAAGCAGUGCCGAUACGAUUUACAAGCAUCUCAGUAAGGAAGACAUCUUGAGUAAUCUUGUACGAUACAAAUUUCCUUCCCAUGAGUAG